AUGCAGAUCUCUAUCUCCGCCGCCUUCCCCAGCCUCGCUGCUCUCUCCCCUCUCGUAUCCGCCAUCGCCGUUCAGGUCCGCGAGCCCCAGAACCAAAACCGCCCAGUCCCCACUGGCGACUGCUGCGUGGCCAACACUUCGCUGAAGCAGGACACUUGCACCGCCGCAUCCGGCGCAACUGGCCGUUGCGUUCCUGGCGGCAAUGACUGCGGCGGAUCGCUGAGCUGUGUCGAGGAGUCGGGACUCGAGUGCGAUGACAGUGUGAUUGAGCGUGGAAACUCGCUAUGCCGAGCAAUCGCUGGGAAUGGUGGGUUGUUUGAUGGAGCGAACAUCAUCCAGAGCUUGGCGGAUGCGACUGUCAACUAA